AUGCCGGCAAUUAUGGAUGAUCCGUCAAGUCCAACUAUCUACCGUGUCACCGGACAAGCCCCUUAUCCGGACCCCAACAAGCCGGAGCUACCACCAAACGUCCUCCCUCGUCAGGUAACACUACGAGAUCGUCAAACUAUUGCAACUGUCGUGCCUUUUGCUUCUCGCAGUCAAGUACCCCCUUCGUUGCUAACCUAUCUCUCGGACCAAUUCGCAAAGGAGAUUGAGGGCGGGGAUACCUAUCCCAUGAUAGACCCUAUGCCCCUUGAGAAGUUCUCAGCUUACUGGUUCCAGAAUUUUGCUGGAAUUAUGCUUCUCGGUCAGAUCGAGAGUGCCGCCGAUGUAGUCGAGGGUAAGGACUGGUCAAGAGAAUGCCUCGGUAGCUUCUACAUUAAGCCAAAUUACCCAGGCCGAAGCAGCCAUGUGUGCAACGGCGGCUUUCUCGUGACGGACGCUUCUCGCAACCGCGGCGUGGGCCGUCUUAUGGGCGAAAGUUACUUGGAUUGGGCACCAAAGCUCGGUUAUACAUACUCGGUGUUUAACCUCGUCUAUGAGACGAACGUGGCCUCGUGUAAGAUUUGGGAUGCGCUCGGUUUUAAACGCAUCGGACGUGUUAAGGGAUGUGGCAACCUUAAGUCGUACCCAGAUCGGCUAAUCGACGCUAUCAUCUACGGACGGGAUCUUGGGCCUAGUGCCGGCGAGGGCAAUGGCGAACCCCUUCUCGUGAGUGAAGAGCGUUUCGACAAAAUCAAGUUCUACCUCAAAUAUGGGCGCUACCCGAAUGGAUCUGACCGCGCCGAAAAAAGCAGGCUCCGAAGCGCCGCGACGCACUAUAAACUACUCGACAACGACGUACUGAUGCUUAAGGAUAAGGAAGUCAUUAGCGACCCCAUCCGCCAGAUGGAUAUUUCGCGUCGCCUCCACGAGAUCGGCGGUCACGCCGGCAUUAACAAGACUACGGCGACUAUUGCUGAGAAGUAUCACUGGAGUCGCAUCAAGGAAACUGUUUCGGAUGUAAUUAGGACGUGUGAACAAUGCAAAGAAGCGAGCAAAACUCCUUCCAUACAGAACCCUAUUAAGCGUCUCAAUAUAAAUCCCGACAAUGCCAAUAUCGGUGGUCCUCGAGCUACCAGCACCAACCCACAACGAACUUCCGACUUUGGUUGGCCCUCAACAUCCAUAUGCUCGCCCAAGUGA